GCGCCGUGUGUGCAUUCAUCAUAACCUUUAAAAGGUUGACGAGAUUGACUCACCGGCAUAGAUCAUUGCAUCACGGUCGUGUUUUCCACAUUUCCUACGAAAAUGUGGACUAUAACGACCAACGAGAACAACCCGGCGACGUUAAAACUCGUCGUGGCGUUUAAUUACGCGCAGAAAUCUGAUUAUAAAUUGGAAAUAUUUACACCAGCUGAUAAAUCGCGUCCAUCUCAACAACGUCUACCUGUGGUGCAAAUUAACGAAGAUCUUCGUUUGUUUUCAUCAAAUGCCGUGCUACAACUUCUUGGGUUGUGUAAACCUGAAGAUGAAAAAGUAUCCCUAAAAUGGUUGGAGUUUGAGGCAAGUCAACUUGCUCCUAGUGUUGCAUUGGCCAUUGCUGGUAAAUCAGCAGCACACAAACAAAGUUUGUUGAGUUUGCUGAAGGUCCUAGAAGGUUAUGCAACUUCUUAUACAAGCAAAGUAAGUUAUAAAAUUUUAUUACAUGACAUUGCACUUUGGUCAACUUUAUACCCAUUGUUGAGUGAUCCAUCAUUAAAAAAAUAUCUGGACACUUUUGAUAAUCUAACAAAAUGGCUGACAAAGUUAUCCAAAGAAAAACAAAUGCAAGAUGCUUUGGCAAAAUACAAACUCACGCCAGGUUUAGUAUCAAUCCAAGCACUCUUAACAGGUGCUAAAUAUCCAACUUCUAUUGUUCCACCAACUUCAACAACUCCAACAGAGGAAGUAUCUGUAACACCUGAAGAAUUAUCAGCAGCCAAAACCGCCUGGUCUGCUGUGGGUAAACUUCCCCAGCCCAAAAAAGAAGUCAACCCAGUAUUACCCAUCAAAGGAGAACGAAACAUUUUAAUAACCGCUGCACUGCCCUAUGUGAAUAAUGUACCACAUUUAGGUAAUAUCAUCGGAUGCGUGUUAUCCGCGGAUGUUUUCGCUCGUUUUGCAAGAUUAUGCAAUUGGAAUACACUGUUUAUCGGUGGUACAGAUGAAUAUGGUACCGCAACGGAAACAAAAGCCUUAGAAGAAGGCUUAACACCUAAACAAAUCUGUGAUAAAUAUUUCGAAAUUCACAAUAAUAUUUAUCGCUGGUUUAACAUCGGGUUUGAUUAUUUCGGGCGAACAACAACCCCGGAACAAACAGUUGUUGUUCAAAACAUGUUUAAAACAUUGAACGACAACGGAUUCAUGGAGACACAAUCCGUUGAACAAUUAUUAUGUGAAAAAUGCAAUAGAUAUCUUGCUGAUAGAUUCGUUGAAGGUGGUUGUCCACAUCCAGGGUGUAAUUAUGAAGAUGCACGUGGUGAUCAAUGUGAUGGUUGUGGUAAACUCGUGAAUGCUAUCGAAUUGAAGAAUCCACGAUGCAAGGUGUGUCGCAAUGCGCCUGUUAUGAAAAAUUCUGAGCAGUUUUUCUUGCAAUUGAAUAAACUGGAACCUUUAUUACUAAAUUGGAUGAGAACUGCUCCGGAUGGCUGGACGAACAACGCCAAGGUGAUUACAAGGUCAUGGAUGAAAGAAGGUUUGAAACCUCGUUGUAUUACUAGGGAUCUCAAAUGGGGUGUGCCUGUACCCAUGGAUGGUUACAGGGAUAAAGUGUUUUAUGUUUGGUUUGAUGCUCCGCUAGGUUAUGUUUCCAUUACUGAAAGGUAUACGAAACAAUGGGCCAAGUGGUGGAAGCCUGAAAAGGCUGUGAAUGUUGAAUUGUUUCAAUUCAUGGGCAAGGAUAACGUGCCGUUUCAUUCGGUUAUGUUUCCGGGGUGUUUGCUGGGAGCUAAUGAGGGUUGGGUGUUGGUUAAACACAUCAUGGCGACGGAAUAUGUUAAUUAUGAAGAUGGCAAGUUUUCAAAGUCGCGAGGAGUUGGAGUUUUUGGUAAUAAUGCGCAGGAUACUGGUAUUCCUAGCGAUGUUUGGCGGUUUUAUUUAUUGUACAUUCGUCCGGAAGUCGCCGAUUCAAGUUUCAGCUGGACGGAUUUAGCUACGAAAGUUAAUUCCGAGUUGUUGAAUAAUCUCGGCAACUUUUGUAAUCGUGCGUUGGUGUUCACGGAGAAAUUCUUCAACUCAAUGAUCCCCGAAAUGCACCCAACCGACGACGAUUUCAACGUGCUUGCGCUGUGCGCACGCGAAUUACGAGCGUAUUGUUUAGCGUUAGAGAAGACCAAGCUGCGUGAUGGCAUUCGUCACAUUUUAGCCAUUUCCAAGCACGGUAAUCAGUACAUGCAAGCCACGCAGCCGUGGGUGUUGCUAAAAGGCACCGAUGAAGACAAAAAACGUGCCGGUACGGUGAUUGGCAUCUGCUGUAAUAUUACCUGUUUGCUGGCCACGUUACUUUUCCCUUACAUGCCGGAUGCGAGCCGCGCUUUGCGGUCGCAGCUCGCUGCCCCGGCGGAUAACUUCGUAUUAACACCUGAUAAUACUGAUAUUGUUAUGUUGAUACCUGCGGGGCAUAAAAUCGGUAAACCUGCGCCGCUUUUUGAGAAACUAGAAACUGCCAGGGUUGAUGAGUUGAGGCAACGAUUCGGUGGGGUUCAGGAAAAACCUGCGUCUGGUGCUGCUUCAGAUGAUAUUAAAAAAUUAGAACAAGCUGUGCAGGAACAAGCGGAUAAAGUACGCAUUUUGAAAUCAAGCGGUGUGGAGAAAACAAAAUGGCAGCCAGAGGUCGCUAUUUUAUUGGAUUUAAAGAAACAACUAGAAACUGCACAGAAAAGUGCUAAAUCAUCACCGAAAAAGACACCUGCAGCACAACCACAGGCCAGUGGUGAUGUUGCAUCAUUAGAAAAAGCUGUACAAGCGCAGGGAGAAAAAGUCCGAGCGCUUAAAUCCAGUGGUGCUGAAAAAUCAACAUGGCAACCGGAAGUUACCAUCUUACUGUCAUUAAAAAAACAACUAGAAACUGCGCAGACGCAAAACUCCACAAAUCCAAGUGUGGACGUCAAAACCAUCGAAGCCGAAAUAGAAAAACAGGGUCAAGUGGUACGCAAAUUAAAGGAAAGCGGUGCCACUAAGACCGAAGUGCAACCGCAGGUAGAUAUUCUGCUAGCGCUGAAAAAGAAAUUAGCAACUGCGACAGGUCAACCACUUACAACUGGUGGUGGAAAAUCGAAAGGUAAAAAGUAACACACUCGCACGGUUGUACACAAAACAACAUUUAAUAAAAUUUAAAUUAAUUUA